AGCAUGGUUUAUGUUUUGGGUCGACAUGAAGGUAGGUUACCGACCAUUAUUUAAAGGGUUAACCAUGACAACUUGAGUCCUGAUUGGCCACCCAGGCACGGGAAUUAAUGAGAGCGUCACCCAAUCUGAAUACGGAUGCGCCUCUCUCCGGCACAGCCGGGCACAGUGAUGCGAAAAGUGUCGACGUGAGGUGAGCGGAGGCGAAGAAGUGGAACCUAAAAACAAAAGAUGACAACAACAACAAAAUAAUAAUAAGCUACAGCCCGUGUAACAUAUUCUCUACAGCGGGGACGAACAGGCUUUCCAUUUUUACGCAGCCCGUAAAUGAAGAAGAGGACUAUAGGUGAUUUUUUAAUUCAUAUUUUUAUCUUCUGGAUUCUGGAUUGUGACAAGUGCCAGGACAGAACAGGACAGGGGCGUCCAGAACCAGGAGUACAGUAGAGGAACUUCGGGGAGUGUUCGCCUAUAGCCUGCCUUUAAACGGUAGGGGAGAGGGGCUUCUCACCACCCAUCCACCCACCUGACAGAACAUUCGCGCCUGCUUUGUCCCCAACCCCGGAGCCAAGACGUUGCUGCGCGGAGAGCCGCGUGGCCCCAGACCCAGCACCGGAGUCCGCGUGGGAAGGUCGGCCCUCGUUGUCCUCCAGACCGGUGGGAUGAUGGUCCACUGCGCGGGGUGCGACAGGCCCAUCCUGGACCGGUUCCUGCUCAACGUGUUGGACCGAGCCUGGCACGCCAAGUGCGUCCAAUGCUGCGAGUGCCACUGUAACCUGACCGAGAAGUGCUUCUCGCGGGAUGGGAAGCUCUAUUGUAAAAUUGACUUUUUCAGGAGGUUUGGGACGAAGUGCGCGGGCUGCCUCCAAGGCAUCUCUCCCAGCGAUCUGGUGCGCAAGGCGCGCAGCAAGGUGUUCCAUCUCAACUGCUUCACGUGCAUGGUGUGCAACAAGCAGCUGUCCACCGGCGAGGAGCUCUACGUCAUCGACGAAAAUAAGUUUGUGUGCAAAGAAGACUACCUAAGCUCAGGGGCUAUCAAGGAAGUCAAUUUGAAUUCAGUGUCAUCAUGCACAGACAGAAGUUUAUCGCCGGACCUCCAGGACCCGAUACAGGACGACACAAAAGAGACGGACAAUUCCAUGUCCUCAGAUAAGGACAUGAACAAUAACGAGAAUGAGGAGCAGAAUUCGGGCACGAAGCGGCGAGGCCCACGGACCACCAUCAAAGCCAAGCAGCUGGAGACGCUGAAGGCUGCCUUCGUGGCCACGCCGAAACCCACCCGACACAUUCGGGAACAGUUGGCCCAGGAGACGGGACUCAACAUGCGGGUUAUACAGGUAUGGUUCCAGAACCGUCGGUCUAAGGAGCGGAGGAUGAAGCAGCUGAGUGCUUUAGGGGCGCGGCGGCACGCCUUCUUCAGAGGGCCCCGGAGGAUGAGGCCCCUGGGGGGACGACUGGAGGAACCAGACAUACUGGGGCCUGGGGCCUAUGGAUACUACACAGAGUACCAGGGCGACUACUAUGGAGCAGGGGGAAACUACGACUUCUUCCCCCACGGCCCUCCCUCCUCUCAGGCUCAGUCUCCAGCAGAAUCCCCCUAUAUCCAUGGAGGGGCCAUGGAGGGCUCUGUGUCAGCCCACCACCCCUCUGAUGACCAGAGGUUCACGGACAUGAUCUCCCACACAGACACCCCCAGCCCCGAGCCCGGCCUGCCCAGCUCCCUGCAGCCCGUCCCUGGAGAGGCGUAUGGAGGGGGGCCCAGCCCACCUUUCUCCCUGGCUAGUAACUCUAGCUACAGCGCCCCCAUGUCCCACCCCGGACAGGAGAUGGGAGAGACCACCGUCUGGUAGACUAGAGGGGGGACGUCUGGAUCUGGGAUCAGAGG